GUCAUUGCAGGAGGAGUAUGUUUCUGGGGCUUUGCAGAAGAGCAAGAUAUUCACUGUUGACUGUUGAAGUGUAUGGAGGAUGGCGAAGUGUAAAACAGACUGCAUUGAAAGGCCUCUGUCUCUGGUCUUUGAAAAACUCGGUUGUGUUGUUGGUAGACAUCCGUGUGUGUUUAUUGUAUUAGUUUUAUGUGUGGCUGCUGCCCUUGGACCUGGUUUCAUCUUUCUUCACGAGAGGGAGGCAAAUGAUAUUGAAGACCAGUUUACGCCUGUCAAUGGACCUGCCAAGUUGGAGAGGGCGAUUGUGGUGGAAAAUUUCCCACAAUCAGAAGAGUUUUCUCAGCUACGGCUUUCGUCUGAAGGCACUUAUGCCUCUGUGAUCAUCACAGGCUUGCACAGAGAAAAUAUAUUAACUGAAGCAGCUUUUAAUGACAUUAUAGAGCUAGACAGACAAGUGAAAAGUAUAACGUCAGGAAACACUUUUGAGAACCUCUGUGCCAAAACAAAGGGAAGGUGCAUGUCAAAUGCAAUUUUAGACAUUAUAAAUUAUAAUGCUGCUGAAAUAGUUUCUUCAAACAUAAAAUAUCCAAUGAAUAAUGACACAUUUCUGGGAACAACCAUCGGCGGUGUAGAGCUAAAUCCGGAUAGCUCAGCCCUAACCAGUGCCAAAGCGGUCAGGCUUUUUUAUUUCUUAGACGAGAAGAAGAAAGGAGAAGAAAAGAUGAAAAACUGGAUUGAUGGCUUUCUAAAACUCCUCUCAAACUCUACAGAACAGAAAACGGUCCAUGUGUCUUACUUUACAUCAAUAUCAAGACAGAAUGAGCUUGAGACCAAUUCAGACUCUGUGAUCCCCCUCUUCUCUGUUACGUAUUUCCUGGCCAUUACCAUGUCAAUUCUAUCUUGUUUAAGGUUGGACUGUGUCAGGACGAAGGUGUGGGUGGCUGCGUUCGGUGUGGUCUCCGCUGGGAUGGCCGUGUUGGCCAGCUUUGGUCUGCUGCUGUUCUGUGGGAUGCCGUUUGCCAUGACUGUGGCCACAGCCCCCUUUCUGAUUCUGGGUGUUGGUGUCGAUGACAUGUUCAUUAUGAUCUCCUGCUGGCAGAAGACUGAAGUUCAUAAAGCCGUUGAGCUUCGUUUAGCAGAAACGUAUAAAGAGGCCGGCGUGUCCAUCACUAUCACGACGCUGACAGAUGUGCUGGCUUUCUACAUCGGUCUCAUGACGCCCUUCCGCUCAGUUCAGUCCUUCUGCAUGUACACCAGCACAGCUCUUCUGUUCUGCUACCUCUUCAACAUCACCUUCUUUGGCGCGUGUCUCGCACUGAAUGGUUGGAGAGAGAAAGGCAACAGACACUGGCUGACCUGCAUGAAAGUCCCAGAAGCCACUGGUGAUGAUGGAGGCUGUUGUGUUGGUGGGGCGUAUGAUGAAAACACACAUAAGGAAUUUGAAAUGCCAAUGGAUUCAUUCUUUAAAAACUAUUACGGCCCUUUUCUGACAAGAGUGUGGGUUAAGGCGCUGGUGUGUCUGGUCUAUGCCGGGUAUUUGGCAGUCAGUAUCUAUGGAUGUUUCCAAAUGCAGGAAGGUCUAGAUCUGAAACAUUUAGCAGCAGACGGCUCAUAUGUUGGUAGUUACUAUGACAAAGAAGAUGAAUUCUUCUCUGCCUUUGGUCCCAAUGUCAUGCUAGUUAUAAAGGAUGAAGACUUUCAGUACUGGAACCCAACUGCCCGCAAAAGUCUUGAUUUGUGUUUGGAAAAUUUUCUAAAUCUGCCAGUGGCAGAUUCAGGCAUUUCACCGAUUUCUUGGCUGAGUGCAUACAUGCAGUUUGGACUGAAUGCAGAUUUAAAUUUAGGCAAUGAAACACAAUUCAAAAGCCAUUUAUCUGCAUUUCUUAAUCUGUCUGGUUUUAGUCAAGAUGUUAAUUUCACUAACAAUCAAAUUCACGCAUCACGUAUGUUUAUUCAGACUGUGAACAUCAGCACAGCGAUCGAUGAGAAGAACAUGCUGGAUGUAUUUAGAGAAACUGCAGAAAAAUGUGUUGUUGAUCUGAUAGUGUACCACCCUGCAUUCAUCUAUUUCGACCAAUAUGCCGUCAUCGUCAGUAAUACAAUCCAGAAUAUAGUAGUUGCUACAUGUGCAAUGUUAGUCAUUUCACUCCUGUUGAUCCCAAACCCUCUUUGCUCUCUCUGGGUGACAUUUGCCAUCGCAUCUGUCAUUGUGGGAGUGACCGGUUUCAUGGCAUUAUGGGAUGUUAGUUUAGACUCCGUGUCUAUGAUUAAUCUUGUUAUUUGUAUCGGGUUUUCUGUCGACUUCUCUGCUCACAUAUCCUAUGCUUAUGUGUCAAGUGAAAAGUCCUCAGCGAAUGAGAAAGCCAUGGAUGCCGUCACUAAACUGGGCUAUCCGAUCGUUCAGGGUGCCGUGUCCACUAUCGCAGGUGUGGUGGUGCUCGCUGCUGCUAAAAGCUACAUCUUCAGGACCUUCUUCAAAAUCAUGUUCUUAGUCAUUCUGUUUGGGGCCGUCCAUGGCAUCGUAUUCAUACCGGUGUUCCUGACCUUCCUCAGCACUUGCAGUAACAGUCAUGAAAAAAAAAUAAUAAUCUUUCAGAGCAGUGACACAAGCGAACGGCAAGAGCUGGAGGUUCCUGGAGAGGGGUGGCUAGCUGCCAUUGUGUGUGGGGUGGUUACACCUAUGCCGUGUGUCUUGUCCAUCACUAUCACCACGCUGACAGAUGUGCUGGCUUUCUACAUCGGUCUCUUGACGCCCUUCCGCUCAGUUCAGUCCUUCUGCAUGUACACCAGCACAGCUCUUCUGUUCUACUACCUCUUCAACAUCACCUUCUUUGGCGCGUGUCUCGCACUGAAUGGUUGGAGAGAGAAAGGCAACAGACACUGGCUGACCUGCAUGAAAGUCCCAGAAGCCACUGGUGAUGAUGGAGGCUGUUGUGUUGCAUUUGAAAUGCCAAUGGAUUCAUUCUUUAAAAACUAUUACGUCCCUUUCUUAACAAAAGUGUAG